GGAAGACGCUUGCCGAUACAAACACUCAGCUCAUUUUCUCUCACUUUCUCUCACUUUCUCUCCGCUCACAAACAAGAAAGAAAAAUCUUUUGUCGAGUUAGAGAUCAAAGAUGAACAUCGCUCACACCAUCUUCGGCGUUUUCGGGAAUGCGACUGCUCUGUUUCUGUUCUUGGCUCCUUCGAUAACAUUCAAGAGAAUCAUCAAGAACAAAUCGACUGAACAGUUCUCUGGUAUCCCUUACCCUAUGACUCUCCUCAACUGUCUUCUCUCCGCCUGGUACGGACUCCCCUUUGUGUCAAAAGACAACACACUUGUGAGCACAAUCAAUGGCACAGGAGCAGUAAUCGAGACAAUCUAUGUGUUGAUCUUCCUUUUCUAUGCACCAAAGAAGGAAAAAGCUAAGAUCUUUGGGAUCUUCACUGCCGUCUUGGCCGUAUUCGCAACGGUGGCUCUUGUCUCUCUCUUUGCCCUCCAUGGAAACGCCAGAAAACUCUUCUGUGGUAUUGCAGCCACCGUUUUCUCCAUCAUCAUGUACGCUUCUCCACUCUCAAUCAUGAGAUUGGUGAUAAAGACGAAGAGUGUAGAGUACAUGCCAUUCUUUUUGUCUCUCUUUGUGUUCCUCUGUGGAACUUCGUGGUUCGUCUAUGGUCUUAUCGGUCGUGACCCUUUCGUUGCAAUCCCAAAUGGGUUUGGAUGUGCUUUAGGGACGUUGCAAUUGAUUCUCUACUUCAUCUACUGUGGAAACAAAGGCGAGAAAUCUGCGGUUGCUGAAAAGAUUGAGAAGUCGGUGGAGAUGAAAGAUGAGGAGAAGAAGCAAAAUGUGGUUAAUGGGAAGCAAGACCAGCAAGUUUAAAGCUUCUGACGAUUUGUUAUGGGAUUUCGUAUUAACUCUUCUUAAUUAGAGUUUUGCUUUUGUGUUUGUUUGGAUGUAAAAACAACUAUGCUGAAGAAAAGAAAAAAUGUAAGGUUCCUAAUUUUCGACUGAUUAAGAGUGUUUGAAGAAGAUGACGAUGAUGCUUUUGCGACUUUAA